CAGAGGCACGUUGCAUGCAGCCCAGGCAGAGCCCUAGAGUCGCAGCCUCUCUAGAGCUUGCAGCAACCUGUCCAGAGAUCCAUGUGGAGAACAUCCUUCAUGUCACGUGUUUUCCGUGAGUCCUAAGACCACAGCUAUCUGCAGUGUCAUCUGAGAUCUUGAGAACCACACACAGUUAUGGGAGAUUCUCCAGCCGACACCACUGAUGAAGGUGCAGACACAUGCUGCAAAGACACUCAGACUGACCUGGCAGAGAGAGUAGCAGCCAUAGAUGUUGCUGUUGGGCCUAAUAUAGAUGACCAAAAUGUUCAGGAAGCAAUAGAAGAGAAUGACACGGUCUUUUCUGACAGUGUAGCAGACAUGCAGAGGAAUGGGGUCCAUAGUGACAUGGUAACAAAUGAAUCUUUACCUUCACAAGACCCAGAGGAUGUUCAUCAGAUGAAUGUUCCAAAGAAAGCUCCCACUAGGCCUGUUCUAUCCAGCCGAAAGUUGUCUCUUCAAGAAAGACCUACAGGAAGCUACCUGGCUUCUACCAAUGCCCCAGGCUAUGGUCCUUAUGCAACAGGACCUUUAACACAUAUCUCGCCACGUAUAGUGAGGAGACCAACGAUAGAGUCCAACCGGAUCGCCAUCUCAGAUUCUGAGGACUGUGUGCAAUUAAACCAAUACAAGCUCCAAAGUGAAAUUGGCAAGGGCUCCUAUGGUGUUGUGAAACUGGCCUACAAUGAGAGUGACGACAAGUAUUACGCUAUGAAAGUCCUCUCCAAAAAGAAGCUACUGAAACAGUAUGGAUUUCCACGUCGACCUCCCCCUAGAGGAUCCAAAGCAACUUCUGCUGGGCAGCCGAAACCAAUGGCACCACUGGAUAGAGUUUAUCAAGAAAUAGCCAUCUUAAAGAAACUGGACCAUAUCAACAUUGUGAAACUGAUUGAGGUACUGGAUGAUUCUGCAGAGGACAAUCUGUACAUGGUGUUUGACCUUCUGCGCAAGGGACCUGUCAUGGAGGUGCCAACUGACCAGCCAUUCACUGAAGAGCAGGCUCGGCUCUACUUUAAGGACAUUGUCUUGGGCAUAGAGUACUUGCACUAUCAGAAAAUCAUUCACCGGGACAUCAAGCCUUCCAACCUGCUCUUGGGAGACGAUGGGCAUGUCAAAAUAGCUGAUUUUGGAGUCAGUAAUCAGUUUGAAGGGAAUGAUGCCCAGCUUUCCAGUACUGCUGGGACACCAGCCUUCAUGGCUCCAGAGGCGAUUUCAGAUUCUGGCAAAAGCUUCAGUGGAAAGGCACUUGAUGUAUGGGCCAUGGGAAUUACUUUGUAUUGCUUUGUAUAUGGGAAGUGCCCUUUUAUAGAUGAAUACAUUCUGUCUCUCCAUAACAAGAUCAAGAACAAGGCGGUGGAGUUCCCAGAAGAGCCACAGAUAAGCGAAGAGCUCAAAGAAGUGAUUGUAAGGAUGCUGGAUAAAAAUCCAGAAACGAGGAUAACGGUUCCUGAGAUUAAGUUGCAUCCCUGGCUAACAAAGUUUGGGGAGGAUCCACUGCCUCUGGAGGAAGAGCAUUGCACUGUGGUGGAGGUGACUGAGGAGGAGGUGAAGAACUCCGUCAAGACAAUCCCAAGCUUGCCAGCUGUAAUUUUAGUGAAGGCCAUGCUAAGGAAACGCUCAUUUGGAAACCCAUUUGAGGUUCAGGCCAGAAGGGAAGAGAGGUCCAUGUCUGCUCCAGGAAACCUAUUAAUAAAGCAAGGGAGCAGAGAAGGAAUAAAGGACCCUGAUCUCCCUGACGUCUGUGAAGAUGAGGCUACUUCAUGAAGCCACGUGCAUGUCCUGGAUUGGUUAUUUACUGCUGUUGUAACCGUUGUGUUAUAUCACACACAUUCUGCUUUCACAAACCAAAGUUUGUGACCUGAAAAACUGAAAUUGAAAAGAGGAAACAAGCAACAACAACAAAUAGUGCAAGUUCUUUGGAAAUGAUUUACUCAUGGAAUGCUAUGUUGUAUUACUCAUUGGCUUCAUUCAACAUGUAAGAUGUUUCUCUGUAUUUGAAAUGUAGCUCAUUCUGCAUUUGUGCUUCAGCCUACAUUGUGUGGUCAUUAUAGUCUGGCAUCUUGAUCAAUUAAUAUGUUUUUAUUAAUAAUUCAAAGAACCAAACUUUAUCUAAUAGGGCACUUGCCAUCAAGAUGUUUUCCAGCUUUUUGCAUUCUGCAUUCAAAGUACCAAGAAAAAAGAUAUGCAGUAGCCAGGUCUCCUGUAUUACUCAAGUGCUUAAAUUUACUGGGGCACAGUCUUACUUCUGCUGAAGUCAAUGGCAAAAUUCCUGUUGACGUCUGUUAAAGUAGAAUGAGAUCUUCCACAGUGUAAUUCUUUGUGCUUUUCAUUUUUUCUUAUUUUUGAAUUAUAUAGCUCCUUUUAACAUAUAGGGCCACAUUAGAGUCAUUUUAGUACAAUAUUGGAAAUAUACGGUAUUGCCAUCCAUCUGCAUUGAGCUUUCAAGUGUCCCAGAACAGUUAAAGGCCCUGAUAUUCAUCUGAAUAUGAUGGUUUAGGGCACCAAGAGCAUUUGCUUAUAGAAUGUAUUUAGUGUGACCUCAUAGCAAGUGUGAAAAAUCAGGACAGGGGGUGAGGGGUAAUAGGAGCCCAUAUAAAAAAAAAAAAAGCCCCAGAUAUUGGGACUGUCCCUAUAAAAUCGGGACAUCUGGUCACCUUAAGUGUACUUGCUUAUAGAGUGUACUGUUCCCAGAGAGCUGGGAUUUGAUUCCAUUUGUGUGCUAAUGUGUGGACAGGAAUUUGUAUUUACAGAUCUGAAAGCAUGAGACAAUGGAUUUGAUUUGUCACUUAAGGCAAUCUGAUUUUCCUUUCCCACUCACCUCCCAGUCCACCCCAUAAGAGAGAGAGAGUACGUGUGUUUGAUUAUAGCUUGAGUUUUUUAUCUAACUACUGUUUACUGGUGAAUGCCCUGAAAUAGGACAUUUUCCUAUAAGAGAGUAUGUUAGUAUAUGAUUCUUAGAGGUUAAGCAAGAGACCCAGAAAAGCUACAGGACAAAAGUUGAGUUAAAUUAAACUCAUUUGUGUACCAUUUCAAUACUUUAAGUUUUAUGCACUUGGUCCUUUGCUGUGGCAUGCUGUUGUAACACCCCUAAUAUGGUUUUAAUAAUAUGCAUGAAUCUUCAGUGUUGUCAAAUUAGGAGGUCAGAGAUUUGUUUGGAAUCCCAAGUCAGCAGCAAUGGAGGCUGAAACCACUACAAAAGUAGUUAUGUCAUGUCCUAGGUUACGUCCUGCUGCAAUUCCACAGGAGAGAGAGAAUAGCUGCUAGUUUGAGUUCUGAGAUGAGAUUGUCAUGUUGCACAGCUAUAAAUUUGGAGUAAUUCAUUCACUUCUGUGGAGUUACUUCCGAUUUACAUUAGGGUUGCUGUGUUUAGUCAGGCAAGUACAAAGGUGUGUGCACACCUCUGUAGAAUCAUAGGACUGGAAGGGACCUUGAGAGGUCAUCUAGUCCAGUCUCCUGCACUCAAGGCAGGACUAAGUAUUAUCUAGACCAACACUUACAGAUGUUUAUCUAACUCACUCUUAAAAAUCUCCAGUGAUGGAGAUUCCACAAUCUCCUUAGGCAAUUUAUUCCAGUGCUUAACCAC